GAAAAGAAGAAAUAUGAAGCCCCUCAGACUUCUGAUGAAGUUUCCCUUCCAGAGACUUCUAGAGAGCAGGAAAUCCCAUCUCUAGCUUGUGAACUCAAAGGAGAUGAUCUGCAAGUGUCAACUGAUUCCCAGCUCCACAAGGAUGUCAGUGGAUGGAACGAAAGUGAAAUGUUUGAUAUACCACUCACCUCCUUGACUGUUGGUGAUGAAGGGUCCCUGACAGGUGACACAGAGGACCUAAAAGGAAGGGGAGAGAUCAGAGCCCCUGAUGGAGAUGAUGAAAUCAAGUUGAAGGUUGACCCUGGUGACAAUGUUAGAACUAAAGUUGAACCUUCCAAGAACUUUACAGAGGUAGAGGAAAGCCUACUAAUACCACAUGGACCUUCAGAAAGCACACCGCAGGCAGAUUUUCCCAGUACUCAGGGAAUGGGAAGUUUACAAGUCAGAGAAACUGAGACUAGGAAAGAAGAUGAAGAAGCUGGUGGUUGUUCAAAGGUGCUUCAGAAUGCUAGCUUGCAUAGUUCUUACAAAGCCAAAGAAGUUUCUCAGCCUCCUAGAGUGAAGAAAUUGUAUCCUGAGUUGCCAGCCGAAAUUGCAGAAGUACCAGAUUUGGUGGUGGUGAAGCCUUUGCUCUGUAGUGAGAGGCUCUACCCAGAACUCCCGUCUCAACCAGAACUAGUACCAUUUACUAAAGAGCAGCUAAAACUCUUGGAGCCUGGCUCAUGGCUGGAAAAUGUUGAGUCGUAUGUAGAAGAAUUUGACAGCAUUGCUCAUCAGGAUAGGCAUGAGUUUUAUGAGUUGCUUUUAAACUACUCACGAUGCAGGAAACAGUUGCUGUUGGCUGAAGCUGAGCUGCUUACUCUGAUGUCUGAUUGCCAAAACGCCAAAAGCCGACUGUGGACCUUUAAGGACGAACAAAUAGCUGUACAGGGUAUCUGUGCAGAUCAAGUGAAAGUUUAUGGUCAUCAUCACUACCAGAGAGUAGAGAUGAAUGAGAAUGUCCUGGGAGAACUGAAGAAGCUAUUUGAUGCCAAAUCCGAGCACCUCCAUCAGACCCUGGCCCUUCAUUCUUACACUUCUGUGCUCUCGAGGUUGCAAGUGGAGUCGUACAUCUACACAUUGCUUAAUAGCUCAGCUGUUCUGAGAUCUUUAGCAGUUUAUCAGCAAGACCAAGUUUCUAAACUGACAGAAAGCAUCCCCUCUGAUGUGUGUCAGCUGAAGGAGUGUAUCAGUGUCUUGUUCAUGUUCACCAGGAGAAUGAGUGAAGAUGCCCAGUUCCAGGAGGACAUCCUUCUCUGGCUGCAGAAACUGGUGUCAGUGUUACAAAGAGUUGGCUGUCCUGGAGAUCACUUCUUCCUCCUCAACCACAUUCUUCGGUGCCCGGCUGGCGUCAGUAAGUGGGCUGUUCCUUUCAUACAGAUCAAAGUGUUGAAUAACCCUUCAGGGGUCUUUCAUUUUAUGCAGUCCCUUGCCCUGCUGAUGUCUCCUGUCAAAAAUCGAGCGGAGUAUAUGUGUCACAUGAAGCCCAGUGAGUGGAAGCCAUCAUCUUCAGGGCCUGCAUCUGGCAACUGGACACUUGUAGAUGAAGGAGGAGAAGAGGAUGAAGACCCUGAGACCAGUUGGAUUCUACUUAAUGAAGAUGACUUGGUCAUCCUUUUGUCCCAGUUUCCCUUUCAUGAGCUCUUUCAACAUCUUCUUGGGUUUAAAGCAAAAGGUGAUUAUUUACCUGAAACAACAAGGCCCCAAGAGAUGAUGAAAAUUUUUGCCUUUGCCAACUCAUUAGUGGAACUCCUGGCUGUGGGGUUAGAAACCUUUAACAGAGCCCGCUAUCGGCAGUUUGUGAAGCGCAUUGGAUACCUGAUUAGGGUGAACCUUGGCUAUGUCAGUGACCACUGGGCUCAGUAUGUGAGCCAUAGCACAGGCAUGGGAUUAACACUACAACCCUACUCCGUGGAGAAACUGCAGAUUGAAUUUGAUGAGCUGUUUCUAAGAGCUGUCCUAUAUGUCCUGAAAGCUAAAAGACUUGGCAUUUGGCUGUUUAUGUCUGAGAUGCCCUUUGGCACGCUGUCAGUCCCGAUGCUUUGGAAGCUCUUCUACCUCAUGCACCAGGCUGAGAGUGGGAACCUGCAGCACCUGUGUACUUCCCUGCAGCCUGCCGAGUGCAAGAGGCAACUCCAAGACCCAGAACAUUUUGCAAACUUGGAGAAGUAUCUUUCUUCCAUGAAUAGCUCUGAAGAGAUUUGCCUUCUGACGACCUUUGCUCAGAUGGCUCGGGCCAGAAGAACCAAUGUAGAUGAAGACUUCAUAAAAAUGAUUGUUCUGGAGAUAUAUGAGGUAUCUUAUGUCACCCUGUCUACCCGAGAGACUUUUUCGAAGGUUGGUCGAGAGCUUUUGGGGGCUAUCACAGCUGUUCACCCUGAGAUUAUUUCUGUCCUUUUGGAUAGAGUGCAAGAAACCAUUGACCAGGUUGGAAUGGUUUCUUUAUACUUGUUUAAAGAAUUGCCUUUGUACCUCUGGCAACCUUCUGCCUCUGAGAUAGCUGUGAUUCGGGAUUGGUUACUGAAUUACAGCCUGACAGCAGUGAAGAACAAAUUGGCCUGUGUGAUUCUAGAAGGACUGAAUUGGGGAUUUGCUGAACAGGGUAAUCUUCAUUUGGAUCAAGCACUGCAUACUGAAGUAGCCUUACUGGUUCUCGAGGCUUAUCAGAAACACCUCUCCCAGAAGCCCUAUGCUGGGCUGCUUUCUGAAAGUAUGAAACAGGUUUCCUAUCUGGCCAGUAUUGUUCGAUAUGGAGAGACUCCCGAGACCUCGUUUAACCAAUGGGUCUGGAAUUUGAUCUUGAGGUUAAAAUUACACAAGAAUGAUUUUGGAACACAACAGAAUUGUCCAGUUGUUCCCUUCUCCAGCACGGUACCUGACAUGACAGAAUCACCCAUGUUUCAUCCUCUCUUGAAGGCUGUGAAAUCAGGCAUGCCCAUUGGCUGCUAUCUUGCCUUAGCUAUGACAGCUGUUGGCCACAGCAUUGAGAAGUUCUGUUCAGAAGGUAUCCCACUGUUGGGAAUUCUGGUCCAGACAAGGCAUUUGAGAGCAGUGGUCCAUGUCCUAGAUAAGAUUCUACCCAUGUUCUACCCUUGCCAGUAUUACCUUCUGAAGAACGAGCAGUUUAUGUCGAACCUUCUCCUCUUCCUACACUUGGACAGUGGUGUUCCUCAGGGGGUCACGCAGCAGGUCACCCACAAGGUGGCACAGCAUCUGACAGGAGCCAGCUACGGGGACAACGUGAAGCUUCUUAACAGCAUGAUCCAGGUCAGGGCUCACAAAUCCCUUAGCGCAUCCUCUUCCCAUAGCACUGUGGUGUUAGUUCUUAGGUAUGGGUAUGCCAGUCUCUUGAAUGCUUUGGGUUACCACUGUGACCGGAGUCUGCUCUCUUCCUUGGUGAGCUGGAUUGUGGCAGGCAACAUCACACCUUCCUUUGUGGAGGGCUUGUCCAUGUCCACGCAGGUUUGGUUUGUGUGGACUGUGCUGAACAUGGAAUCCAUCUUUGAAGAGGACUCUCAGCUCCGGAGAGUUGUCGAAGGGGAGUUGGUUAUAAAUGCUUUCACCCCUGACCAAGCUCUAAAGAAAGCCCAGGCCCAGCUGAAGCUGCCCAUCGUCCCAUCCCUACAGAGGAUGAUGAUCUAUCGCUGGGCCCACCAGGCUCUGGCCACACCUUCUGACCAUCCUCUUCUGCCACUCAUCUGGCAGAAGUUCUUCCUCCUCUAUCUUCAUCGCCCAGGACCACAAUAUGGGUUACCUGUAGAUGGUUGUAUUGGAAGAAGGUUUUUUCAAAGUCCCUCGCAUAUCAAUUUGUUGAAAGACAUGAAAAGACGCCUGACUGAGGUGGCUGACUUCCACUAUGCUGCAAGCAAGGCUCUCCGUGUUCCAGCAGAGGGCAGUGAAGGAACAGCAGAGCGGCAGGCUGGUGCCCAUGGUUACCUGACUUCUCCAGAACUGCACAGGGAGCUAGUGAGGCUCUUCAAUGUAUUUAUAUUAUGGCUAGAAGAUGAAAAUUUUCAAAAAGGAGAUACCUAUAUUCCUUCUUUACCGAAGCAUUAUGAUACUCACAGGCUAGCAAAAGUGAUGCAGAAUCAGCAGGACCUAUGGAUGGAGUAUUUGAAUAUGGAGCGCAUACACCAUGAGUUCCAGGAGACAGUUGGUCAGUGGACAGAGACCAAGCUUGAGUCGCAUUCACUGUCCUGUAGCUCCUCAGCACAGCUCGAUUUCACGGAUCCAUUGCUGGCAAAAGAAAGGGUUCUGAGUAACUUACGGAAGCACGAGGCUCCCCAACCUCCCCUUGUUCUGCAUCUGGUCAGACCUCCCGUGCCUCUCAUCUCCUCAGCUGUGCUGUUGAGUCAGAAGGAUACCACCCAGCUGAUGUGCACAGACCUGAACCUGUUGCAGCAGCGUGCCAGAACUGCAGCUCUCCGGGAGUCUCAGCAGGUUGCCUUGGAUGGUGAGCUGUUGGAGACAAUGCCCAAACAGUAUGUUAACCGAGAAGAGCAGACCACCCUGCAUUUGGAGUGCAGAGGCAGUGGUGGUAAGAAGUGCCAAGGAGCGGCAGUUGUAACAGUUCAGUUUGAAGGCAUGCACAAGAAUGAUGCAAUAAGCCAGCAGAUUCACAUUCUGCAAAAAGAAGUGAGGCAGUUCCAAGCAGAAGCUGCUCAGCCCCCAGCACUUAACGUUGUAGAAGCUGCGGUGCAUGCAGAAAACCUGAUCACGGCCUUAGUGAAUUCGUAUAAGUUGCAGCCGACGCCUGGGGCGCAGAAAAUUGGCAUCAGCCUCUUCUUUACUGUUGUGGACUAUGUCAGCGAUGAGACCCAGCGCCACCCUCCUACGAGGCAGUUCUUCACUUCAUGCAUUGAGAUCUUGGGACAGGUGUUUAUCAGUGGCACUAAGUCAGAAUGCAGAAAGGUGCUGCAGACCAUCUUGAAAAACAGGCGUCUCUGCUCCCUGCUCUCUCCUUUCUUCACUCCCAAUGCUGCGCCGGCUGAGUUCAUCCAGCUCUAUGAGAAAGUGGUGAAGUUUCUCAGUGAGGACAACAGUGACAUGAUUUUCAUGCUGCUCACCAAGUUCGAUGUUAAACAAUGGUUAAUGGCCACUAAACCUCCUCUGUCUGAUCGCACCAGGCUUCUGGAGUCCAUUCACUUGGCACUUACUGCCUGGGGCCUUGAACCAGAUGAAGAUAUUUUGAUGCCAUUUAAUCUUUUCUGUAAGCACUGGACUCACCUUCUACUCUACCAGUUCCCUGACCAGUACAAUGACGUUCUCAGGCUGCUGGUACAAAGCUCUGCAGAGCAGCUGCUGAGUCCUGAGUGCUGGAAAGCCACUUUGAGAGCCCUGGGAUGCUGUACCCCAAGCAGCCAGCAGGGGGCAGCUUCUGCGGACAACGCUGUGCUUCAUAGUGCCUCAGAUGCUCUCUUGUCAGACAAGCAGGUAAUGGAGACCAUCCAUUGGCUUUCUGACUUCUUUUAUAAGCUUCGACUGUCCAAGAUGGACUUCAAAAGCUUUGGAUUAUUCUCAAAAUGGAGCCCUUACAUGGGUGAUGUGAAGACAUUUUUGGAAUACCUUGUGAAAAGGCUGAUUGACUUAGAAAUCGCCUCCUUGACCCAAGACUCAACUGCCAGCAGCAAAGAAGUAUUAAGGUCCCUGCACUCACAGAUUGUCCAGCUUUUUAAGCCCUGGAUCCUGGUUUUAGAAGACAGUGAAAGUAGCCAACAGCGACAUUACCCCUGGCUAGAGAGUGAUGCUGUGGUGGCCUCCAGCAUCGUGCAGCUCUUCACUGACUGCAUCAGCUCCCUGCACAGGAGUUUUAAAGACAAGCUAUUGCCAGGUGACGAAGGAGCCCUGCGGUUGCACCUGCUGCAUUACUGUGAGGCAUGCACAGCACCCAAGAUGCCAGAGUGCAUCCUCUACACUUUUCAUAGCGCAUACCAGAAGCUUGAGUGGAAGGACCUGCACCCUGACCAGAGGCUCAUGGAGGCCUUCUUCAAGGUGGAACGUGGAAGCCCCAAGAGCUGUUUCUUGUUCCUAGGGUCUGUACUCUGCAGAGUCAACUGGGUUAGUGUGCUGUCCGAUGCCUGGAAUCCCAGUCCCCUUCCUGAAACCCAGAGUAUGGUUGUCUGUCUCCUGUUCAUGAUGAUUUUACUGGCCAAGGAAGCUCAGCUAGUCGAUCAAACAGAUUCACCUUUACUAAGUCUUCUUGGACAGACAAGCUCACUCUCAUGGCAUCUUGUGGACCUUGUGUCAUACCAGAGCGUGCUGGGUUAUUUCAGCAGUCAUUACCCACCGUCCGUCAUGCUGGCCAAAGACAGUUCCGCUGAACACAUUGUGAAGCUCUUAAAAGUGUCUGCGGGACUUUCUGUUCCUGCUGAUGGCCAGAAGCAUCGUGACAUAGUUCCAAAGUGUCAAGCUUUCACUCGUCAGAUGGUUCAGUUUCUCAGUACCCUGGAACAAAGUGGAAAAGUCACCUUCUCAGUCCUGGAGCAGGAGAUAGCUAAGCUCUUAGAUGAUGUCAUCGCCUUUAACCCACCUGACAUGGACAGCCAGGCCCGCCACAUGGCCCUCAGCAGCCUCUUCACAGAAGUCCUAAUGAUGAUGAACAAUGCAACUAUUCCAACGGCAGAAUUCCUUGGUGGUAGUAUUCGGACCUGGAUUGGCCAAAAGGUACACGCUCUCUCAAUCAAAAUUUAGGGUGGGGUCCCAUUCUGGUGUCCCUUCAAGUUCCCGAGCUCACCAUCCAAGAGUUUCUGCAGGAGUGUUUAGCCCUCGGCAGUUGCUUGACUCUCUAUGUCUACCUGCUCCAGUGUUUAAACAGUGAGCAGACUCUGAGGAACGAGAUGAAGGUGCUUCUCAUCCUAAACAAGUGGCUGGAACAGGUGUACCCAAGCUCCGCGCAGGAAGAAGCAAAGCUGUUUUUGUGGUGGCAUCAAAUCCUGCAGCUGUCCCUGGUCCAGAUGGAGCAGAAUGACUCGGUCCUGACGGAGUCAAUCAUCCGGAUCCUGCUCAUGCUGCAGAGCCGGCAGAGCCUCAUGGCCGAGGAGAGGCUCAGCUCCGGGAUUCUCGGCGCUAUUGGGUUGGGCCGGAAAUCGCCCUUGUCCAACAGGUUCCGUGUGAUUGCCCGAGGCAUGGCUGCCUUCCUGUUGGUUCAGGUGCCUGCAGAAGACCAGGUUCGUCUGAAGCCUAGCUCUGAAUUACAUCUGACUCCAAAAGCUCAGCAGGUGCUGACUGCUCUUGAAUCCAUGACCCUCAGUAAGCAGUAUGUGGAGUACCAGGAUCAAAUACUGCAAGCUGUCCAGUUCAUAAAGCAUCCUGGCCAUUGCCUUCAGAAUGGGAAAAGCUUGCUGGCUCUUCUUGUCAACUGUCUCUAUCCAGAAGUGCAUUAUUUGGACAACAUACGAUAGUGAUGCUGAAGCCCUUGAAGCCCUGUUGCUCUUGUGUUUACACUAACUUUGCUGUUGCACAUGUACCUUUGUUCAGUUUUACUGCAGAGCUGUGAGGAACUCAGCUGAGGUGCAAGUUGAGAGGCAUUAGAUAGUUCUGGCUGUAUGGCUAUCUCUUAUUGUCCAGAGACUUGUUAGUUUUUGUGUUCUUCCACAAGUGAAACUCAGUUCCUCUGAGUACAGAGCCACUCACAUUUGGGAAAUGAAUGUGCCAGUCAACUCCCUAAGAACUAUGGAUAGAGCUUUUGAUAUGUCUGCACUUCUGUCUUCCUGCUUUAUUUAAAUGUCAAGACUCCUAUGCCAGAUCUGACCACUUUGGGAGUCAUGAAGAGCCAUCUUUUGGACUCCAUUUGUAUUUUUCACAUUCUUCCAAUGUUAAAAAAAAAAAAUCAACUUGGGAAAUUUCUGUAUUUCUUAAAUGUGAGGAAGUACACCAGCUUAGAGGUAUUAUGUUGUUUCUCUUAGAGUGGUUAUGGUACCCUGAAUCGAAUCAGGAACAGUGGUGCACGCCUGUAAUCUCAGCACUCUGGGGGCUGAAGCAGGAGGAUCACAAGGGUGAAGUCGUGUUGGGUGCAUAGCAAGUGUCUGGACAAGCAAAGCAAAUCAAUUAAAAUGAGUCAUACUGAAGACAUGCCAUGUAACCCUGACCACAGUGGACAUCUUUUCAACUGCAUGUUCUCUGGAAGUGUGCCUUUCAGAACCGAUGUGGCACCCAGUGCACUGACAGCUGCUGUGCACAGGUGUGUAGUGGGCACACAACAACAGUGAUGCUGCAACCGGCGAGCACUGUGUUCCCUUGGGGCUCCUCAUUCACGUCAUUUUAUUGGCUCUGUCUGUGUGGAAGUUCCCAACUCUUGAUAUGUGCCAGAGCUCUCUGCAGGCCCACUCUCAAGGGACACUGGGGGUCUUUGUUUGUUUUCUCUUGGGUAAGUUUGGGUGAAACUCAUGGACAUGUUGAACACAUAGCCAGGGAGAAGAGGCCAGGUCAGGGCAAUUUCAGAAAUCUGGCUUUUUGCAAGUAGCUCUGUGCCUUCUGUCACUGCUGACAGUCCGCAUUGCCAAAACCUGUCUGACACAUUGCUUUGUUCUUAUGACAUCUCUUGCUCAUGUCACUUCAUGCAGGAGUUAGAAAUUUGACUUCUAUCAUAUUAAUUCUCAAAAAUGGCCCCAAACCAAUUUUGUUUGUUCAGUUUAAAAUAUAUCUUUGUUCUUAUGGGUCAUGGCUCAGAAAUAUCUAUAAAAAUCUCUGGAUGGCCACCAAGCGCCUUGAGUAAGGAUGGGAAUAGCCUGUUAGUGGGCUGCUUUCCCUUCGUUGGACGCUUGCAGGAACUUUUUCUGGAAGAAUAACUCUGCCUAGUUGACAUGCCUUGGAACACUGAUAAAGAUCAUCCCUAUUCAGUGGCACAAAGUGUCAUUGUAUAGGGAUAUGUCUCAGCCUUCUUUGUUUUUGCUUCUCUCUGUCUCCCAAAUCAGUCAUCUUCACUCUGAGUAGAAGAAAACUUCAGAAGCUGCAGACAGUUAAACAAGCAGUAGUGAUUCUGUGACCAGGAAAUACUGUGCUUGUGUGAUUUUUCUGAGGAGAACGAAGUUACCAGUAUCCGAGAAUGUGAAAUGUUAGAGUGUACAUUUUAGAGAAUCAAUUAAUUUUGGAAGUUUAUAAUAUUUGUAAAUUUUGUCUGUAAAAUGUAUAAACAAUAAAAUCAACUUUUGAUUAUAAUUGGUGAAUCUGAAUUGAAGGCUAAUGUAGAUUUUUUAUGCCUGAUUAAAUAUGUUUGGCUUUGUAA